CGGCGCUGGGCACACUCACGUCUGCACCUCUGAGCACACACGGGGACCUGAAUGGAGAGGUGGGAGCUGAGGUUCUGCGAGGAGGACACGCUGUGGGGCCCUGCAGAUCAGGGGCUGUGUUGACCUUUCCCAGGGAUGCUCUGCACAGCUCUGCAGCCCAUAGCACACUGAGGCCACCCAGCGGGUCCUGCUGCUGUCUCUGGGUGAAGGUCAGCGUGUACAAGCAAAAAGAGAGCCAGAAUCCACCACGGGCAGCAUAGAGUGUCUGUGUUGCCUGAUCAUCCCUCCUGGGCUCACGCUGGGGUUCAGACAGCUCUGCUGAUCCACAGAUGAGUCCCACCCGCCCCAAGUGAGCUGGCUCUUAGUGCUGUAGAGACUGGCAGCUCGCUGGGCCAUUGCUCUGCCCACAGAGCUGAAGGCAAUGCAGGAGCAGAUGGAAGCUGCUGGAGGAGCUGCAGGUAGUGCCAGCAGCAGGAGGAAUGAGAGGAAUGUGCCACGUGGGCCUGGUGACAGGCACCCAAAGGCGAGGGCGAGAGCACAGCCCAGGGCAACAGCGGGGCAGUGAUGCUGGCUGGUGGGAUGUGCCCGGCCCCCGCCUUGCCAGCACACAGGGUCUGCUCUGAAAGCCCAUUGUGCAUUGUGGCCGGGCUGAGCUGCAGUGAGGCCAGCAGUGAGAGGCUCACUUCCUCCAGCAGCACAGCAGCAUUCUGCCGGCUUGGGGCUGGUGGCAAUGCUGGACACAUGGGCUGCUGUUUGGGGGCCCCUUGGCACCAGGACCUGGCCCUGGGGUGUACAGCUGAGGAGUGUGAGUCCUGCUGCCCCCGCUCACCCCUGCUCCCACCACACUGGGACCAACUGCAGCACAGCACAGCCGAGCACCGGGGACGAUGGUGGUGGGAGAAGACCAUGGCAUCAGGCAAGGCAGGCACGUCAGAGCCAAGCAGCCCAGCUGAGGCAGCAGAAGGGACCCCAGACCCCUCUUCAGUGCUGCUGGCGGCUGGGGAGGGCUUUCCACCAGAGAUCUCACUCUUCUUCUCCAUUGAGAGCCGCUCCUCACGGUGCCCCAAUGCCCAGCUGCAGGAAGCAGCCAGAAGGAAGCUGUGGGCCUUGGAGAAUGAUGACAGAGAUGUCUGCGCUCUGUUCAAGGAGCUGUCAGCCAGGCUGCUGUGCAUACAGGCACAGGAAGAUCGGUUCCUCCUCACCUUCAAAACCCUGGAAGAAGUCUGGAAGUUUUCUACGUAUCUAACUUUAGGCUAUGUAGGCCACUGCUUGGAGCAGCUUCUCUUUGAGCAGGAGUACUGGCUGAACUGUGCUCUGGUGGAGGACACAGAGGUCACAGUGUCCAUGGAUGAAAAUCGCUUGGCCACCAUAUAUCUGGGUCUGCUGCUCCAGGAAGGUCACUUUUAUUCCAGAGCAGUGCCCAGUGCGUGCCAGUCAGAGGGGGAGGGACAGGAAGGUCUGCAGCUCUGCAGGAAUGAGCUUGUCCAUGUGAAGAACAUUGGAGAGGAAUCCAAAUGGGAAGCGAUAUCCUUGCUGACAGGCCAGCGAGGUCUGGUACCUGUGGCUGCCCUAGAGCCAGUACCUCACCCAUUCUACCAAUGGUUUCUGAAGAAUUACGCCAUGAGUUUUGGUAUCUCCCAGGAGAUCAGUGGGACAACCUCUCAACUGAUUGUCAAAGGCAAAUGCACAGCCACAGCGGACCACAGAGGAGCAGCAUGGGAUGAACUGAGUUUCUCCAAGGGAGACAGCAUAGAAGUCAUCGGCUUCCUCCUUCCAGGACUCCCGUGGUUUGUGGGCAAAUCUCUAAGCAAUGGGAACAUCGGCUUCGUCCCAGUGCGAUCUGUAAAUGCUGAGGCUUGUGAACCUCUGGAAAAGGGAUUGGUGUUUCUGAGCGAAGAAGAAAACUUGCUCCUCCUGAGCAUCCCCUGCAAUGGUGGUGAGCAGCACUUUGCCACCCUCCUCAGAGAGCUGGCUCGCACUGACAUCACCUCUGUGUACCGCCUGGAUGGUUUUGAACCCACAGCCGCAUUCCCGAAAGCACCAUCAGAGGCUGUUCUCCGUGGCUGUAAGGACACACAGCUACUCGAGUCCUGGGAGGAGAUAAACAGCUUGGUCACAGCCAGCACCUCAGAGCAGUCCAGCCCAGGGAGUGAGUCAGCCCCUGCUACAUGGGAAGAUGUUCUCCUGGACAAGCUGAAUGAUUUUGAUGAUCCCAAGUUCUUCAUUGACCUGAAUGCUGGACACAUGGAAGAUGCUGAUGUCUUUGAACCUAUACUGACCUUCCUUAACCAAGACAGUUAUAUGCCCUGUUUUCAAAGCCUCUACGAUCUCAGUUUCUCCUUUCUCAACUCCACUUUUUACGGUUUCUCUGAUGAGGAUGAACUGGUCUUGUACCUCGAGACAUCCAGGAACUGGGCCAAGAGGACUCAUUCAGUUUGGGCCCAUGUCAGGCUCUGUUUCCUCUUGGGUAAGCUCUGUAUGAAAAAAGUCAAGUUCUCCCAGGCUCGAGUCUAUUUUGAGGAAGCCAUGAGCACCCUGGACAGGGGCCUUGAGGACCUGCCCCUGCUGGCUGCCUUGCACGUGAACCUUGCUUCCAUCUACCUGAAACAGAACAUGAAAAACAAGUUCUCUUCAUUGCUGGGAAAAAUGGUGGCCUUGCUUGUCUGCUUGCCCAGCCGCUCCUUCAGCUCUGAGCAUGAGCUGAGGGUGAUGAUGUACGUCCUAAGAGAGGCCAUUGCUGUGGGGAAUGCUCCACUGGAAGCACGAGUCUGCUUCCUCAUUGUCAAGCUCUUUCUCCAGCUGGGAAAAAAUGAUGAAGUGCUGCCCUUUAUUGAGCAUCUUCAGUGUCUCUGCACCAUCUUAUUCAGACAGGACACUAGAGCUGUGCCACUGGAUGCCACCCCCAUCCUGAGCUAUUUGUAUGACAAGAAGUGCUUGCCAAGCAUUGCACUUGCCUCUGCCAGGUCUUUUGUUCCCAGUGGCAUCAAAGGGACACCAACACCCAUUUGGAAAGCUGGCUUCAUCCUUCAAAAUAUGUCCAAGCUCCUGGGAAACCAGCUGGAGAGGAGCAGCAUCCCAGCCCUGGCGUGUUCCUACCUCAAGCAGGCACUGCACUUCUCUUGUGAGGGCAGAGCAGUGACCACUCAGAGGAGUCUGAGCAUCAUUUUGUCCCGGCUGUACCUUCAGCAUGGUGUGCUGGAUGGGGCAGUGUGCUAUGCAGCCCAGGCUGUGGCCUUCAGCAGGUUGAUAGGCGAGGAGGAGGCUUUCGAGUCCUCCCUCUCUCUGGGGUGGAUGUACCUUCUGAGCAGCCAGCCAGGCCCAGCAGCAGACAUCAUGGGGCAGCUCUUACAUUCCCUGCACGGGACAGACAGUGUGACGCAGGGUGGAGUGGUGCACAACCUCCUUGCCAUUGCCCUUAAAGGAGCAGGGCAGGUGCAGAAGGCCGCAGAAAACUACCUCCAGGCACUGCACAAAGCCAAGGAGACUGGGAACAAGAGGAACCAGGCUAUUGCCCUGGCCAACCUGGGGCAGCUGAGCCAGUCGCGGGGGGCGAGUCAGCUGUCUGAGCUCUACCUGCUGCAGGCUGCCCAGCUGUAUGCUGAGCUGCAGGGCAGUGAGGAGCUGGAGCUGGAGUUGGUGUAUGUGCUGCUGUGGCUGGCACAGGCCAUGGUCAGCAGGCGGAGGAUGGAAGAUGGCAAACUCUGUUAUGAACUUGCGCUGGUUUUUGCCCUGAAGUGGCAUAAUAUGAGGAGUCAGCUUCACGUCACUGAGGCUCUUUGCCAUUUCUACAGCCAAGUGUGCCCCAGCCUCCAAGCCUGUAUUACCUACCAUGAGCACCGGGUCUCCUUGGCACAGAAACUCCAGGACAGAGAGCUGGAAGGCAAUGUCCGGCAGACCCUCAGCCAGCUCUACCAGGCUUUGGGCACCCCUGAGGCUUUGAGACUGUCACUGGACUGCACCAAACAGAGUCUGAGGAUCUUCAUUGACCUCGAGGACACUGGCAAGGCAGCAGAGGCCUGGCUGCAGGCAGGAAGGCUGUACUAUCUCAUGCAGGAAGAUGAGCUGGUGGAUAUGUACUUUCAGGCAGCUAUUGAGACUGCUCUGAAAGCUGAGAACUUCUCCUUGGCCAUGGAUCUCUAUGAAAAAGCAGGAGAUAACUUUUUUAAUGGCAACCGACACAGAGAUCAAGCAGUGGAGUUUUACAGGGGUGGGGCAGUGCCCUUGGCCAGGAAGCUACAGGCCAUUAAGACAGAGCUGCGGCUGUUCAAUAAGCUGACGGAGCUUCAGAUCGGGCUGCAGGGCUAUGAGAAGGCGCUGGAGUUUGCCACGCUGGCAGCCAGGCUGAGCAUCAGGGUGGGAGAUCAAUUGCAAGAGCUGGUUGCAUUCCAUCGCCUGGCUACAGUCUACUAUUUUCUACAGAUGUAUGAGAUGGCUGAAGAUUGCUACCUGAAGACACUCGCCCUGCGUCCCCCCAUGCUGCAGUGCUCUGGAGAAGCCCUGUACUACUGCAAGGUGUAUUGCCACCUUGGCAACCUGACCCUGCAUAAGCUGAAGGAUGAACAGGACGCAGCAGCCUACUUCCUCUUGGCCCUCGCUGCAGCCACUGAGCUGGGAGACACGGAGCUGCAGAGCCUCAUUGGUGCCAAGCUGGCCGACAUCCCCAGAGCCCCACGGCGACUUGUGGACGUGCCGGGCUGUGCCACGUACCGGGCCAGGUGGCUGAGUGAAGGAGGCCACGUUGUCUGAGUGAUGGAUGUGUCAGCAUGGGACAUGCAUGAUCCAUGUGCUGUCCAGGAGCAGCAUUCAGCAGAGGUCCUGCCAUCAGCAUCGUUUUGGCUUCUUGUGCCCACCAGAUGAGGGACUUAGGGCUCUGCCCACAUUCCUCAGGCACAGGACUGAGCAUAUGGCACUGCUGGCAUAGUGGGGCAGGAUGAAGCCCCAGCAGCUGGUGCUGGAGCAGGAGUGCAGCUGCAUGUGAUGGGGAUGGUACCAGGGUACUGCCUGUCCCCACAUGGUCCUCUGACCCGAGCGUGUUUUAAGUGGAAUAGUAGCUCUUUAUUUAACCUGGCUGUUUUCAGUGCUGUCUACUCCUUGCGGGUCUGUGCCCCACACUGACACAAAGCACAGCCUCCCUUCAACAUCGGGAGGCAGGGAAAGAAAAAGCAGUGUCCGGGGCGGGGAGGGGAAGGCAGCCAGGAGGCAGCGAGGCAGCCGCUCACCGCCAGGGAGCAACACAGCCCCGUGUUUGCAGCUCGCACCGGAGGCUGAGCGGGGCUCCGGGCGCUGGCAGCCGCUGGAGGUUCACAAAGGGACCGGUUGCAAAGCGCCCCGUCUGACUUACAUGGCCCACUGCUUGUAGAUGCUGAGCGCAGAACAUUUAUUUCAUCACUGCACUUUGGAAAUGCUGAUUUCAGCGAUGCCAUUGGAGAACCUCAGCCCUAUGCUCAGAAAAGAUAAAUCUCUGUCCCAUAUGAAAUACAGUGAAGCUUUGGGGAUGGCAGUGCAUGGAAUCCCUCUGGUGCGUUCCAUGGGCUCACAUCAGGUGCUCACCCAGAGGCCAGGAUCUGCACAGCUGCAUGCAGCCCAGCUGUGCACACAUCUAGUGCUCAGCACUGGCCUUGGGGUUUUGUUUUCCCAGUGGGAUGAGAGGUCAAGGUGGCUAGUACUAAUUAAACAUCAGAACAACACGGUGAAACAUGGUGCUUACCAUCUCCUGUGUCUGAGCCCAAGGGAGAGCAAGGAUCCAGCAUUCCUCCAGCCACAGAGGAGACUUCUCCUGGCAUGGAGAGAAGUGUCUAUGAGAAGUAAAUGCUUUGGGGUCUUUAUGCCAGAGGAGGUGACCGCAUCUGAUGGCUCAGGUCCUGGAGCAGCAGGGCUGGGGGUUAUCAUCCUCUGCCCCUUCUGGGUGUGCUGGCAUGACAUCCAUCAAACCUGUGCUGCAGGGCUGGGAGCUGGAUGCCUUUUAGGCACACUGAGGAGAAGCCAUGUGUGUGCAAAGCACGGUGACUGCACAGGACGUGGUUCUGCAGGGCAUAGAGGCAGAUCAGAGCUGUGAUGGAGGAGCUGGGCUGUCAGUGUCCAUCCUAUAGGCACUGGCCACCAUCACCCAGCCCUUCUUCAUCAGCAUGAAGGUCAUUAUGGGUAGACAGAGGAAAAAUUAGGGGACAGGGUGGAUCAGGUCUCCUCACAUCCUCACAUUCAGUGAGUGCUUCUGAAGGUACCGCCAGCAUCAGCACUGCCAGCCACAGUGCAAGCCCAUGUAAAGCCAAAGUUGGCUGUUUGGUUCCUCAGGGGGCCAUUUAAACCCUGGAAUAAAGAGGGACUGGAUUUCUUUAA